AUGGUCUGCUCCGCCGCAAACUCUGACCAAAUUCUGACCAGAAUCUCCGAGUUCGGCCUCUCCGCCUUGCCGGAAAACCAGCUCCACCGCGAGAUGCUCCAAACCGCCUGCGGAACUCCGGCAUACACCUCCCCGGAAGUCUUCCGCCGCCGCGGCUACGACGGCGCAAAGGCCGACGCGUGGUCUUGCGGUGUCAUCCUCUUCCUCUUCGUCACCGGAAACCUCCCUUUCGACGAUUCUAACCUCGCCGCCAUGUACCAGAAGAUUCGCCGCCGUGAAUUCAAAUUUCCCACCCCACUGAUUUUAUAUUUUAUUUUAUUUUAUCCCAUUCCCCCACAUUAUUUCCUUUUUCACCCCCACAUCAUUAUUAUUUUCAACCCACAGCUCCAGGAACCCGCAGUCUGA